AUGCAAAGACUACAAGAAACAGAAGAAGAACGAAAUACAAGAUUACAUUCGCAAGCUCUUAGUGAAACAACUCGUCGACAACUUCGAAACUUACAAGAAACAGAAGAACAACGAAAUAGAAGGUUAAAUUUUGAAGCCAUUAAUCAACAAAAACGACGAGAAAUACGAAAUUUACAAGAAACAGAAGAAGAACGAAAUACAAGAUUACAUUCGGAAGCUAUUAGUCAAAGAACUCGUCGACAACUUCGAAAUUUACAACAAACAGAAGAAGAACGCAUAACAGAUUUGAAUUCAGAAGCUAUUAGUCGACGAACACGACGACAACUUGCUAUUUUGAAAGAAACCGAAGAAGAAUGCAAAAACAGAUUGAAUAAUCAAGCACUUAUUGCCGCAAAUCGACGACGUACCCAAAAUUUACACGAAACGGACGCAAUACGUUCAACAAGACUAACAAAAGAAGCAACAUGCAAGAUGAAUAAAAGACGCACCACACAAGACCUCGAAACAUAUGACGAACGUAUAAAACGCUUAUCGUCUAACAGUCAAACUGAAAAGAUCAGAAGAAAUAAACGUCAACAGAAUGAAACUGAAGAAGAACAAAAUGCUCGAAAACCACGUAAAAGAAAUGCCGAUUUGUCGUAA